AUGCCUGCUCCAGGCGAUCAGCACCAAUCGUGGGAGAACCCAUUCGAAGAAACGAAGCCCAAGAUUUCAGCAUGGACGGCAAAGGAGAUCGCAUCGAUCUCCCAGAAACUCGAUAGACAACUAGGCCCGGAAUACAUCUCGGCACGGGCAGGCCCAGGUGGCCAGCGCGUCCACUAUCUGACGGCCGAGAAGGUCAUCUCCCUUGCGAACGAAGUGUUUGGCUUCAACGGGUGGUCGUCUUCUAUACAGCAGAUUCAAGUCGACUAUGCCGACGAGAACCCGCAGUCCCAGAAGGUAAAUGUUGGUCUGUCUGUUACCGUUCGCGUCACGCUCCGAGACGGGACCUACCAUGAAGAUGUCGGAUACGGAUCCAUUGAGAAUGCAAAGAACAAGGCUAUGGCGUUUGAAAAGGCCAAGAAGGAGGGUACCACAGACGGAUUGAAACGAGCACUACGAAGCUUUGGGAACGUCCUGGGAAACUGCAUCUAUGACAAGGAAUAUGUGAAGCAGGUGGUCAAGAUCAAGGCGGAGCCAGCCAGGAAGUUUGAUCAGAAUAAUCUGCACCGGCAUGCUGAUUUCGUCAAGAAGGAGGAGGUCAAGGAGCAAAAGGUUUCUAAUGUACCUCCUGCUCCAGAGGCCCUACCUAAUCUGCCUUGGUCUGACUCGUUUGAGGACCUAAUUGGAGAACUCGAUGAGGCCGACUUCUGUGUGCCGGAGGAGGAAGAGACCACGGCCCCAGCCCCAGAUCCGCCGGUGAAGCAUCAGCCCAAUCCCCCAAGGCCGAUGCCGCCUCGCCCACCACAAACACCCAACCAAGCUCAACCUCGAUAUAUUCCAUCGGCUGCAGGAAAUGGGGCGGCUGGUCAGGCUAAGCGCCCGAACCCCGUUCCUCAGAACCGACCCUUUGCGAAUGAACCAGCGCCGGCGGCUCCUAUAGCAGUUCCCGAGACUGUUGGCUUCUUUUCUGCAAAAGCCGUUAACCAAAUCACCGAUUCGAACAAUCCCGACAAUGCCCAGCUUGGUGCUCCACGUGGCCAACAAAUGUUCAACCCAAAGGCAGAGAGCCCAUCGAUCCGCAAAACGCCCGGAAUAGACCACACAUCAUCCAGGCCUUUAGCCAGGAGCGGGCAGCACGUUGCUCCUACCAGCAGUCAAGCGCAGUCGGGAAACACCAGUAGCUUUACCCCAGUUAGACCCUCAAUCCCAGGCAGUCAGGGCACCAGAGGGAACGUUAUUCAUCCCAAUCUGGACCAAACCCGCCGGAUCGGCGCACCGACCGUAUCGGCGAGCCCUCUUAGUAACAGGAACUCGUUCAAGCAACCCACCAUGAAGCGCCCUGCUCUGGCCGAUGUCCCAGCAAAUGCAAUUCCCAAGGUGGAACCUGGCACAGAUGGCCUGGAUACGAAGAGGCAGAAGAUGUCUUAG